UUUGGCGCGAGUCUGCAGCCCCCGCCCCAGCCCUAGCCCCAGCCGGGCGUGCGCCGCCAGCACCGCAGCAGGGGCCGCUGCCGCCGUCAUGAAGUCCUUCGGCCUGCAGCAGCAAAGAGAUCUUUCAGGAAAGAACUUCAGAGCAUUUCGAAAUAUGAAAUUGAUCCCCAUGGAAACCUCAUCUUCCUCUGAUGACAGUUGUGACAGUUUUGGUUCUGAUAAUUUUGCAAACACUAAACCCAAGUUUAGGUCAGAUAUCAAGAAAGAACUGGCUAAAAUUUUUUAUGAGGAUUCUGAUGAGGAAUCAUUCUGUGGUUUUUCAGAAAACGAGAUUCAAGAUGUGUUGAAACUGGAAUCUGAGUCGGAGGAAAAUGAUUUGAGCACUGAAGAUGAACGGCCACGUAGGAGACGAGGAAGACCCCCAGGCCCUCUAAAAGUAGCUAUGAAGUUUCCACUUCGAAGGUCUAAAAGGGGAAAGAAAGAGGUUGAAUCUGCUCCUGAAACACAAACUUCUCUAGACUUAGAUUCUGACUCUGAAGAAAAGGGCUCCACAUUUUUAGAGAAAAGAGCUUUAAACAUAAAGGAAAACAAAGCAAUGCUUGCAAAACUAAUGGCUGAGUUACAAAAUGUCUCUGGUAUCUUCACUGGAGGAAAAAUGUUGUCAACAAUCAGUUCGCGACCAAAGCGGACUCCAAAAAACCCAUUUCCCAGAAGCAUGUUAAGAAGGAACCCAGACCGAAGUUCUCGGCCUUACACAAGAUCUAGGUCCUUGAUUGAAGGUCCUCCUUCUCCAUUACCAGAGGAGGAGGAAGAUGAUAAGUACAUGUUAGUGAGAAGGAGAAGGCUAUCUGAUGAAUUCUUGGAGCAGGAAAUGAGAAGUCCCAGGAGAGGUCGUCGUGGUACCAUGGCUCUUCCACAUAUUAUACGUCCAGUGGAAGAAAUAACAGAGGAGGAGUUGAAUAGCAUAUGUCAGUCUGCUCGAGAGAAAGUGUAUAACCAGGCAUUGGGCUCCACCUGUCAUCAAUGUCGGCAAAAAACCAUAGACACUAAGACAAACUGUCGUAACCCAGACUGUACAGGGGUGCGUGGUCAGUUCUGUGGGCCUUGCCUUCGCAAUAGAUAUGGUGAAGAUGUCAGGACUGCAUUGCUGGACCCUAACUGGCACUGCCCACCUUGUCGUGGAAUCUGCAAUUGUAGCUUCUGUAGACAACGGGAAGGUCAUUGUGCUACAGGCGUGCUAGUUUACCUGGCCAAGUACCACGGCUACGACAACGUUCAUGCCUACUUAAAAAGCCUGAAACAAGAAUUUGAAAUGGAAGACUGAUGCUAUGACCAACUUCUUGGGAGCAUUUUUAGUUGUGUAUAUUUUAAAACUUUUGUAUGUACUUAAUUGCUUUAACCUCUGGAUGAUCACUGGUUCCAGGUAAAGAAAAGAAUGAUGGCUUUCAGCAAAUUGUGCAGUAUAUGGAAAAAUUGUAAUGGAAUACUAUAUUGGCAUUUGUGAUGUCCCCUUCUAUAUAUUGUUGGAUAGAUGCCUUUCUCUUCCUAGUUAUAUUAUGUGGACAGUGCCAGUGUAGACAUCACUCUGAUGCAUCCCCCCUUCCCUCCCUUAAAAGGGAGUGGACUUCAAGACGUUAGAACUGUUCUUAUGGCUGUCUUAGUUACAGUUUUUAAAUGAAUAUUUUUUAAAUGGCUUUUCCAUUAAAAAUUUUUAAAAAGUAAUGUACAUAUCAACCGUGAGCAUGUUUAAAGUAGCUAAUUUGGAUUGGACUGAAAUCGCUAUUAAUUUUUCCAGAUGAAAGUAAUAAAUAGAAGCUAAAACUUUAAUAUCACAAUUUGCCCUCAAGUUUAAAGACGGAAAGCAAAUAAAAGAGGUUUUUACAAUAACCUAUGCAGUGGAUUAAGUUCCAGCAUUUGCCUUUAUAAAGUGCUCAGACUGCCAUGAACUUUUCAGGUUCCAGAGUUAUUAAAAUGAGUAGAAAUGCAACUAAAUGACUUUGGUUCUCUUAUUUCUUUCUUUUUGACAAGGGAGUUAUAUUGCUGAAAACUUUCAGUUCACCUAUACAUUUUGCUCUACAAUGGAACUAGACUGGUGUAGCUCUACUGAUAACUAUGCUGAUGGAAAUGCUAGUUAACACGUACAGGGAGCUGAUCAUAUCAGUUGUUUCAUGCUGCAUCGGUGCAUAGCUAGUGAUUAAGACAGGGUUGGUUUAAAGCCCUGUGUUAGACAGACACGUGGCAGUUCUACUGAGAAGAUCAGUUCAAAUGGUUUCCAGAACUGGAGUCUGAAUUUUCUUUUGAGGAAGUUAAUGUUCCUAAGCCCAGUUAGACUGGGGUCCAUCUUGAAUUAAACACUCUGCUAGUUAUGUAGUGUAGCUCUAACUUUGAAUUUUUAACCUGCAUACAUGUAACUUAGCUGGAUGCUACCAGAAAGGGCAGCUGUUUCUUUAUGGCCUUAAAAAUAUUGUGGCAGUGGAGGUAUAAUGGGUUUCAUAUACUCUGCAUGCAUUCAUAGGGUGCUAUAGCCUGAUUCUGAACAAAAUAACUAUUUUGCCUGACCUUGUGAAGAAACCACAUGUACAGCUAAAGGCAAAGACUUAAACUGGAAAUUUCUAGUAUGCUACAUGGGAGAGACUGUUGUGUACUGAAAAUGGUUGAAAGAAAUGUGCUAUCAGCUACAUCUGAGAAGCCCCAGAAGAUGUUUAAAAAUUCUUGUUCUUUUGAUUACAAUGAUAUUAUCAUACUAGUUUAAUAAGGAUUUAGAAUGUAAUACUCCAAAGGUGCUGUUAAAUUCUAAGUAAAAUUAUUU